AUUUUUGAAUCGAUUAUUUGUUAAUUGAUUAUUUAUAUAAAAUAUUGUUAAAUCGAAAACAAAAAGAAAAAGUUAUUUCCCAAAGUGCUUUUAGUAAAAAUCAUUUACUUAUGGCGAAAAAUCACACAGUUAUACUUAGGUAAAUUGCUAUUGAAUAGAUAAAAAGCAAUAUCAAUAUUGCUCGAUUAAUUGUAAUAACUUCGAUUAUCGAUAUUAUUCAUUAAUAAUCUAUUUUAUUGUUUCUCGAAAAUGACUUUUAUGGCAACCCUAGCUAUAGACUUUACUUAUCUUUACUCUUUUGACUUGUCAUUUUGACAAACUAAAUGUCAUUCCGCAUUCGACAUUCGGCUUUCGCUUUCACUCAUUGUGGUUGAAUUGUGUUUACUAUUUAAUCGUAGUGAAUAUUAAUUGUUGUCAUUUUUGUUUCGUUUCCCGUUUUUUAUCUCGACUUUUGCUAUUUAUAAUGGACACCGAUGACGCUAUUUACGACGACCCUGGCAUUCCUACCGGUACCGAUCGAAGCCCUAAUGUUGACCCCGGACUGAACACGGAACACACGACUCUCACUGAAUUGAGAUAUUGUGUUAAUUGUGGUACUGAUGUAACUCAAAGGAGAAGGCAUAGCCUUGAACUUGUAGAGGUUAUGUCCGUAAUACGACACUGGAUUGCACCCCAAGCGGUGACUGAUAGCACUAUAGUAUGCCACUCUUGCUGGACUUUAGCUCUCAACCAGUCACACCACUCCACUACGACUAAUGAUGAUCAACCUUCUACUAGUGGUGGUCACCAUCGUCGUGUUUGUAUUAGUUGUGGAUGCUCUUUGAUGAGAACAAGAUCUCACAGGCUACGUACUGAUACUGAACGUGAGGCACGCAUUCGAAACAUAAUAAUGGAGAGGAUUAUGCCCCGUCAGCUGCAUGGAUCAGAUGAAAUCUGCCACCCCUGCUGGCAGAGAAGUGAUCGAUUGUCAAGUCGUACGCUUGAGCCACCUCAACAAGGAGCAUCAACCAUUAUUCUACCGAACCUUAAAAGAGCAGUAGAUACCCAAGCACAUUGUUUUUUCCCAGACUGUAACUUACUGGAAAGACUAACAGUUCCUAAAUGGUUGAGGGUAAAGCUUUUUGCAGAUUUUAAGUUUUAUGUUCCACCAAAUUGUAGAAUUUGUACAUUCCAUUUGCAAAAUGAUAAUUGGCAGCAAUUGGAAGAUAUUGCACAACCAAUACAAAGUUUUACUACAGACCAUAUUGAGGAUUUUGCAUCAUUUAUAAAUGAAAGGGCCACUAUGUUAGAUUUUUCCAAUAUAGAUGAUAUGUCGGAAGAUUUUGUACAUUUUUGGGUAGGCUUAACAAAAUCUCAGUUUAGGCAACUUAUUUUUGAUGUACCUAGCUUAAGGAACAUGCAGAAGGGCUCAAUAGCACUUGCUGCAUACUUAGUUAAAUUAAGAACAGGUGACAGUGAUGAAAGACUCGCCACAUUGUUUAAUAUGCCCCGAACAACAUUAUUGAGAUAUAUGAAUAAAGCACGUAAUGCACUUAAGCAAGAUUUUGUUACAAGAAACUUGGGCAUAAAUAAUAUUACUAGGGCUGAAAUUGCAGCAAGGAAUUUGUUAAUACCAAAUGGACUCUUUUGUGCAGAAGAUAGGAAACCCAUUGUUAUUAUGGAUGGUACCUAUCUAUAUGUACAAAAGAGUUCAAACUAUAUGUAUCAAAAAGAUACCUACUCCUUACAUAAGUAUAGGAACUUAAUGAAACCUUUUAUAAUAGUGUGCUGCGAUGGGUACAUUGUAGAUGUAAUAGGCCCAUAUCCAGCAACAACGUCUGAUGCUAAUAUAAUGUCAAAUGAAUUCAGCGAUGAGACAAAACCAUUACGGCAAUAUUUUCAACCUGGAGAUAUUUUCAUACUGGAUAGGGGUUUUAGAGACUGUUUGCCAUUGUUAGAACAGAACAAUUAUUCUGUCCACACCCCUGCAUCCUUGCAAGAAGGUGAAAACCAGUUAUCAACACUAGCAGCUAACCAGUCUAGAAUGGUUACCAUUUGCAGAUGGGUUGUUGAAGCAGUAAAUAGCAUUUUUAAACAAUCUUUUAAGCUUCUAAGGCAUGAAUUUUUUAACGUUGCAUCAAGACAUGCCAUGACAGAUUUUACAGUAGCUGCAGCGUUGAUAAAUAAGUUUCACCAAAGGAUAAGGGAUAGGGAUGAUGCAAGCCAAAUCCUUGAAAUCAUAAAUGAAAAGCUUUACAUGAACAAUGACCUAGCAGAUUAUGUUAUCAGAAAUAAUUUAAAUAGAAGGCGAACACAAUUUUUAAAUAUCAAUGUUGACAUAAACAAUGUACCCUUUCCCAGACUGGAGCUAAGCGAUUUAAUUCUUAUAGCUUGCGGGACCUAUCAAUUAAAGCAAGCCCGGUCCUACUAUGGGGAGCACAUUAGAGGUGAUGGUUCCUAUACAAAAGUAUGUAGAGACAUGGCGGGUAACCUAUUGGAAGGUUUUACUGUAACUGAGAAUUCAUCAUUACUGCGAGUGACUGUCCACUUCAAGCCAAAACCCCCAUACAAAGUGGACAGUCUUCUUUCGACAAAUAUUAGGCGUAGAUCGGUUUUAUGGUAG